AGCGCCAAACGACGGUCCCUCUCGACUCGCCAUAGGUUGACAUUGCCUCCUCAAAAAUGGCUGCACAUACGUUGAAGAAAUCAAUUUGGUCCUUAGGACGAAUACAUUGUCAUAUUUAUGGAGUUAAUGUGCGUAACCCGUUAAACAGGGCAACAUAUGCAACGGCCUUGUCUACCAAUCAUUCUAGUCAAAAUAAAGGCUUUCCUGACAGAGGGAACAAAGGACCUUUCAACCGAAGAUCAAGGAGAGAGGCGGGCGACCCCAGGACAGACAGGAUGCCUGUAGACCAGGAUUGGACUACAGUGUACCCGACCGCUACCCCCUUCAGACAGGGCUCUGUGCCCCUGCCUGUCCGCAUGGGCUUCCCAGUGAAGAAAGGGGUGCCCCCAGAGAAGAAGGGCAACCUGGAGCUCAUCAAGAUUCCAAACUUUUUGCAUUUAACUCCAUUAGCCAUAAAGAAACACUGUGAAGCUCUGAAACCGUUCUGCACAGAGUGGCCCUCUGCCCUGGACACAGGUGCUAAAUGUGAUGAGCACUUCCCUGUCAAAGUAGAGUGCAAGGACUACGUGUCUGCCGGCACCUCCCUCAGAAACCCAUCUGCCCGCAUAGUCCACCUCAGACUGAAGCUCUCCUGUCUGAACUUGGACGACCAUGCCAGGAAGAAGAUGGUUAAACUGGUAGGAGAGCGGUACUGCAAGGACACGGACACACUCGCCAUCACCACUGACAGCUGCCCUGUGAGAAAGCAGAAUUAUGACUAUGCCAUGUACCUCCUGACUGUCCUCUAUCACGAGUCUUGGAAAAUGGAGGCCUGGGAGUCAGAGAAGACUGUGGCAGACAUGGAGGAGUACAGCUGGGAGGACAGCCCCUCUCAGAAGAACAUCAUGUCCACGUUGGUCCGCAUGCAGGUAGCAGGGGAGGGGGAGGGAGAGGCGGUGAGGGAGGAGCUGCUGGGGAGGCCGGAGGUGCAGGAGUACAGGGACUCUGUGACCAGACUGAAGAACGAGGGAGAGAGCGAGAGCAGCAUGCACCAGUACAGAGACGCUGUGAAGAAAGUGCUCAACCUUUAAUGUGCCCUCUUCUAUACAUGCAGAUACACACAAACACACAGGAGAGUGAGCAAGAGCAGAACUCGACUGCUACACACUCGGGGUGACCAAUUCGAAGUCUAGAGACAAACCUAUCAUCUGAUUUCACCACACACAGCAUUUGAUGCCUGUAACGGUCUUUUGUGAAAUAUUUAUUGACAAUAAAUGAAAGGGCCUAUGUUUAUAUGUCUGUAAUACAAUUGUUGUAUAGGAGUUAUGCUAAACUGAUAGCCUGAAGCAAAAAUGUAUUCCUUGCAUUUGAAAUAAAAAGCUUUAAUUUCCUUA